AUGCUGAUUGAUAAUUUGCUCAAAUGCCAAUUACCAAAAGCAUCAGAAGAUGAAUAUUUGAAGAAGUGUUCUCGUCCUUUAUUCCUAAUAGAGCAAGGUGUCCCAAAUACUGAUAGUUCAAUCUCUGUUAAUGGCACUCCUUAUGAAUUAGCAGACAAAUUAUCAAUUAUUAUCAAGCAAAACUCAACGAGCGAAUCAAUACGAAUUGAAAAAGAGCUUUCUUUCAUUUUAAAGUUGCCAGAUGAAUUAAUUUCUUUUAAAGAUUUUAAAUUAUCAACAAUAGAAAAGAUUACAUUAAAUCUGGCUGCUAUAUUACAUGAUACUAAGAAUGAAGAAAAAAUUAAAAUAUUAGAAAUCUUAAUUCCUUUAUAUCUUAGGUGCAAUUUUACAGAUUUAAAUUCAGAACCAGUCAUGUAUUUAAUUAAUGAACUUAAAAAUCACGUGAAUGCAAAGCAAUACUUCGCGGCAAUACAAAUCCGACUAUUAAUCGCUCAACUCAAGUUAAAUUGCAAAAAUAAUUAUCCGGUUUCAGGAAUUAUUCCAGAAAUAUGCAAUUCAAUGUAUAAUAUCUCAAUAUCAAAGAAAUGCAAAGUCAUUAUACCUUUUUUAGCCAAAGAUUUCGUACUUUCUAUCAAAGAAAUUUACAAUUAUUAUUUUUCAGGGAAAUCCGUUGAAAAAAAUUGCGAGCGAGCAGCCUUACUUAUGUACAUACCAUACGCUAUCAUGAUGAUGGCCGCCAUUUAUCCUCCAGCGUUAUAUUUAAUAGAAUGGAAUUCCAUUCUCCAAAGAUUCUACAAGGAUUCGUUUGAAACAGUCGAUACCAUCCCAAUAUUCGAAUUCUGUCGUCAAUUUCCCGAAAAAUGCAAGAUUUCCUACUUAUGCGCCAAUGCAACUGCAAUUAUGGCCUCAAUCUCUAUUUUAAGCGAAAAAUCAGAGGAAGGACUACAUUUUAUUCACAAGUUGGCCACAUCCAGCAUGUUAGGACAACAAUCCGUCGCACUUUCCUUUUUAAUAAUCUCGAAAUACAAUUUUUUCCAUGAUUUAUUCAUUUUUUACAAAGAAGAGUUCGACAGUCAUAUCGGAAUUUAUCAGGAUAUUGUUGCAGACAUACUCAAUGACAAUCUGAUGCUUUAUAUCCAUAAAUUAGAAGCUUCUUACGAAUUAUCAAAAAUAUCUUUAUUCGAUUUUGACGAUAAACUCAAACCGAUCAUCGAAAGCACCAUGUAUUUCAAUACAUUUGAUGAUACCUGUAGCUGUUCUAUUAGUAAUCUCGCCAGAUCUCUUGAUUCAAUAAUUCUCAAAUUAGAUUCAGAGACGUUGAUGAAAUUACGGGAUGAACCAUCAUUUUUCUCCAAGGUACAGUCAUAUAUGGUCAAGGUUAUGUCAUCCGGACGUUGUUUGAUUGAAAUACGAGAUGCAAUUCCUUUUGCUCACCUUUGUGCAUCGUAUAUGCAGCUGAUUGAUAAACUUAAGAUCGAGAAAAUGGCUUGUGUUAAGCUGGUAUCAACAGUUUUCGUGAUUUCUCUGUUUGAUUAUUUGAUAUCUUGUUUUAACCCGCUUUCUCAAAUACAUGAUGGGAAAAACCAUUUUAAUUCAUUCAAUUCCCUCAUGUACUUGGAAAUUUUGAGAUUUUGUGAGCCGUUUAAAGCCAAAAAAGAUGAUUUCUUCUUCCAAACGUUAUUUGCAACAGUUGUUGAAGAGCAUCCUUCAUUUAGAUACGCAGCUAUAGUAAUGCUCCAGAUAACUCUUUCCUAUAAUGAUACGUCUAUCUCCCUCUACGAUUGGAAAGAUUUUUCUCCAUAUGAAAUCGCUUUGGAUUUUAUAAAAAGUGACAAUCCAAUCGUUCAUAACAAAGCUAUUGAAUGCCUUACGAUAUUUAUAAGGCAUUUGCAUGAAUCGCUUGUUACACACAUGUUCGACAGUAUUAUUGAGAUGUUGGCCAAAAAAUGCGAUUAUUCAGAAAAAAUUUUGGCGGCAUUAAGCAAAAUGAUAACAGAGAACCCCAGGUUGAAGCUACUAAUACUACUUGUUGAUAAGAAAGCCGAAUUGGCCAGAAAUGUCUUGAAUUAUACGAAAAUUGCCUUUAAAGAUCCAAAAGAUCAGCGACCUUUGUUUGCUGUUGAUAUUCUUUACGCGCUUUGCUCAUAUUCAAUCGCCCCUGAGAAGAGGAUAGACAAAGAUCGAAGAAUUAAACGAAAUACACUUGAUCAUCAGACAACUGCAGAUAUAAUUGCAGAAUUCAUGAAUAUAUUGGAUUCAGAUAUAUCAAAUCCACAAUUCUACCUUAAAGUAGCACGAUCUGUUUGCAAACUUGCAGAUAAUAAAGGAAUUUUGACAGAAAUCGCUCGACAUCCAUUGAAUGUUACAUUUCAGAAACUUAGAACACAAGCACCUACAUAUCUCAAAGAGAUUCUGAUUGAAUUGUGCUUGAUCAAAGAUUUGAUUCAAUUUAAUCAGAAAAAUGCAUUUCCAAACUUGCUGAAUGACAUGAAUCCGGAAAUAUUGAGAUGUGUCAUUGAUUCUCCAGAUAUUCCUAAGUUGCAGCAUGUUUAUUUCGAACCAGAACAAAAUUUAGACAAAUUUUUCAGGUCAGAAAAAAUCAACAUUUACCAGGAAAUUGACCACUUGAGACAGAUGAGUUUGCCGCCUAGAGCUUCACAGUUCUUGGACAUCGAAGCAAUUUCUGCUGAAACGUUCUAUAAUUCUUCAAUUAACGCGAUAAAUCAAUAA